AUGGACCACCCUAAAGACUUCCGCUCGACGGUCCUGCAGGCGCCCUCCCGUCACGAUGAUCGCGACGACGACCGUGAUCGCGACCGCCGCCGCCAUCGCGACAUCAUGAAUCCCGCGCCCGGCAGCACGCGCCAUUCGGGCUUCAACUUGCGAUCGCCUACCCAGUCCGAGUACCAUCACCCCCCGCACUCUUCCUACUCGUCGCCCAAAGCAGCCUCGUCGACGCCCCAUGCGCUCCCGCAUCACUCACCGCGAUCCCAUCAGUCCGGCCUGUCGCAUCCGAAUCCUUACUCCUCCUCGACGGCUGCCGGCGGUCCGCUUGCGCCCUCGUUGCCCGCGCUCGGCGGUGCCAGCAGCAGCUCGGGAGCUGGACAUCAUCAAGCUCCGCCGUUGUCGCCGUUGCACCCCCCGAGCGGAUACUACCCGCCACCCGAGUCGCAUCAGACGCGCGAGAAGCCUGCUACGAGCAGCUACUACGAUCCGUUGACUGACACUACAAGAGAAAGGAGGGUGUCUGACGCAGGUUGGAACAAUAAUGCGGCCAAUGGCUCGCCCAAGACCACACGCGGCGAUCCCUACGGCAACUACUCCCAACCUGAGCCGGCAUCUCGAGACUCGCACGCGUAUUAUAAGAACGGCAGCGCAGGAUACACGUCGCCAUCAGCAGCCAACUUCCCCCCGAGGAGUCCGCGAUCCCACUCACAUUCGCACUCCAACUCCCAUUCCCACUCUCAUCAACCACCCACCGGUUCCAUCAGCCCAUCGAUCAGGGCAACGCCGCAUAUGACGUCCCCCAGUCUGCGGCAUGCUGCGUCGCCCAGCGUGCAUGCAUCUUCCAACGGUGGCGCCGUCGCGUCUCUGCCUCCUCUAGGCAAGGCCGAGCCGUCUCCCUUGAAAGCUCCUGCUAGUACCCCCAGCCGCGCUGACCCUAUGUCUUUCUCCAACAUUCUCUCGAGUGCCGAACCCGUUUCAAAACCAAAGUCGAAAUCACCGCCACCCGUCGAAGAGAAAGAAAAGGAAAGGGAAAAUGAAAAGGAAAAGGAAAAAGAGAAGGCUGUUGAGCCCAAGACCGACCGUGAGAAGCCCCGCUCUGUCGACCCUCCAGUCAAGACCGAGCGCACCGAGCGCAGCGAGCGCGAAGCCGAGAUUGAACUCCGACCGGAGCCCGUCAAGGAGAGAUCCAGCACUCCCCUGGCCCGUAAGGAGAGAAAAGAGCGAGUACCUAGAAAGUCAAAGUCGAGAGCUUCCGAUAUCAGAGAUGCCGAAUCGACUCCCAAGAGCAGCCGCCGUGCUUCGUCCAAACUCGAGACACCAACGCCUCGCAUCCCCUCCAAGCGCCUGGCCAAUGGCCAGCCGAAGCAAAAAACCCUGCCUGCCGAUAAAGAAAAGAAGGUUACGGAUCUGAUUGCUCAGCUCGAUGCCGAUGCCGACGAACUUACCGACUCCGAACUCACAGCUGAUCGUGCCCAGUACCAAGAAAGCGGCAACAAGCGACGUCGCCUCUUGCAAGAUAAGGAUAGCAAGCGCAAUGUCGAGCGACGCGACGAGUUCUCGAGAGAGAUGGGCCGCAGAUUGGGCACUCACGCCGAUCUCGGCAAACGCCGCUACGACGACAUCUACUACGAGGAGGCCAUGAACGAGGUCCGAGAACGUGAGCUCUUUGCCGAAAAGGAGCGCAAGAAGGACAUGCAGCGCAAGCGUCGUCGUGAAAAGUCCAUGGCUGUCACCAUGGAACAACAGAAGCUUGCGCUGGAGCGCGCACGAUUGGCCGAAGAUGAGACCGAAAAGGCGAAGCACCUGCGGGAUGCCGAGCGUGCUAACAAAAAGGCUCUGCAAACGAAGUUGAUUCUCCAGAAGGGCAUCAAGGGCCCCGCUCGCAACCUCGCCGAGCUCAACCUGGACGGAGGCACCAUGGCCACCUACCAAGCGUCUGACAUGGAACCCGGCACGAAGCCCAAGGGCAAGGGUCGCAGCGGUCCUCGGCCCAAGAAGUCGAAGGAGCAGAAGCAGGCCGAGAAGGACGCUGCAGAGGCUGCGCAAGCCGCCAUCGACGCUGGCGAGGAGCUCCCGAUCAAGGAAGAGGGCAAGAUCCGCAUCAAGUUCAACAAGAAGUCCAAAGACAAGGACAAAGAGAAGAACAAGGACAAGGAUGUGGAUCAGGACGAGCCCGACGUCGAGGUCGAAGGCGAAGGCGACGUCGACAUUGACGAGGAUACCAUCGUCGAGCCCGUCAAGGAGAAGAAGGAGCGCAAGAGCAAGAAAGAAAAGAAGGAGAAGAAGGAGGAGAAGCCCGAGGAGCCUCCCAACAAGGACGCCAAGUUCGAGACCAAGGGUUUCCUCCAAAUUUACGACCAGAUUUGGCGCGAUCUCGCCCGCAAGGAUGUCUCAAAGACCUACAAGAUGGCGGCCGAGUCCUACCAGACCAAGGCCUCCAACCUUAAGAAGACGGCCAUCCUCGCAUCUAAAGAGGCCAAGAGGUGGCAGCUGCGGACGAACAAGGGCACCAAGGAUCAGCAGGCCCGUGCCAAGCGUGUUAUGCGUGACAUGAUGGGCUUCUGGAAGCGCAACGAGCGUGAGGAGCGUGAUCUCAGAAAGGCUGCCGAGAAGCAGGAGAUUGAGAACGCCCGCAAGGAAGAAGCCGAGCGCGAAGCUGCCCGCCAGAAGAGAAAGCUCAACUUCCUUAUCUCGCAGACUGAGCUGUACUCCCAUUUCAUCGGCAAGAAGAUCAAGACGGAUGAGGUCGAACGCAGUACCGAUAACCCCGAGAUUGCAGCCGAGAACAAGGACGAGACUGCCCACAACAAGCAUCUCGAUAUCGCUGAACCGACAGGACCUUUGGGCGCCAAGGUCACUGACUUUGAGAAUCUCACCUUUGAGGAGGAAGACGAGGAGAACCUGCGCCAAGCCGCCAUGGCCAAUGCUCAGAAUGCCAUCGCCGAGGCACAGAGAAAGGCCAGAGCUUUCAACGAGCCCGAGGGCCCCGAUAUGGACGAGGAGGGCGAGAUGAACUUCCAGAACCCUGCCGGCAUGGGCGACGUUGCCAUCGAGCAGCCCAAGCUCAUCAACGCGCAGCUCAAGGAGUACCAGCUCAAGGGUCUCAACUGGCUCGCUAACCUGUACGAGCAAGGUAUCAACGGCAUUCUCGCCGACGAGAUGGGUCUUGGAAAGACUGUUCAGUCGAUUUCCGUCAUGGCCUACCUCGCUGAGAAGUACGAUAUCUGGGGUCCGUUCCUCGUCGUCGCGCCCGCGUCUACGCUUCACAACUGGGAACAGGAAAUCCGAAAGUUCGUCCCCGAGUUCAAGAUCCUUCCCUACUGGGGUUCUGCUGGUGACCGAAAGGUCUUGCGAAAGUUCUGGGACCGCAAGCACACCACCUACAAGAAGGAUGCAUCGUUCCACGUCUGUGUCACGUCGUACCAGCUCGUCGUCUCUGAUGUCGCCUACUUCCAGAAGAUGAAGUGGCAGUACAUGAUUCUCGACGAGGCGCAGGCCAUCAAGAGCUCGCAGAGUUCCAGAUGGAAGAGCUUGCUCAACUUCCACUGCCGUAACCGUCUCUUGCUCACGGGUACCCCCAUCCAGAACAACAUGCAGGAACUGUGGGCCUUGCUCCAUUUCAUCAUGCCGUCGCUCUUCGAUUCUCACGACGAGUUCAGCGAGUGGUUCUCCAAGGAUAUUGAGUCACACGCACAGAGUAACACGAAGCUCAACGAAGAUCAGCUCAAACGUCUGCACAUGAUUCUGAAGCCGUUCAUGUUGCGUCGUGUCAAGAAGCAUGUCCAGAAGGAGCUUGGAGACAAGAUCGAGGAGGAUGUCUACUGCGAUCUCACCUACAGACAGCGCGCCAUUUACAGCAACCUGCGGAACCAGAUCAGUAUCAUGGAUCUCAUUGAGAAGGCUACGACGGGUGAUAAUGACGACUCUGGAACUCUCAUGAACCUCGUCAUGCAAUUCCGAAAGGUUUGCAACCAUCCCGACCUGUUCGAGAGAGCCGACACGACCUCUCCUUUCUCGUUCGGCUACUUCGCGGAGACGGCUUCCUUUGUCAGAGAGGGCAACAACGUCGCCGUCGGCUACUCUACUCGAAACUUGAUUGAGUACGAGCUGCCUCGUCUCCUUUGGAGACAAGAUGGCAGGCUCUACAAGGCCGACCGCGGCAACCUGAAGGCUGGCUGGCGCAAUAAGAAUCUGCAGCACAUGAUGAACAUCUUCACUCCAGAGCACAUCCGCGACAGUCUCGAGGGAUCCGACGCGUUUUCCUUUCUGCGUUUCGCUGAUACCAGCCCGACCGAGGUCUAUAAGGCUAGCCACGAGGACGUCUUCUCUCGUGCCGUCGAGUUGUCUCAGAAGAAGGAUCGCUUGCCCCUCAUGAAGAUUGCCUACGACGACGCCGAAGACGCCAACUUCACCCCUGCUCAUGCCUUGUUCAAGAUCGCCGCCCGCAACAACAGACAACCCCUUGCAGACAUCACUCAAGAGGGCAUCAUGGCUAACCUCAUGAACGUGGCCCGAGAGGAGUAUGUCGACAGCGGCUUGGGACGCUUGGAGCAGGCCGGUCGCCCGCGCGCCUCUGCUCCACCCAUUGAGGUGAGCUGCUGUAGCAGUGGAACCGGUCUGGAGACGGAAAGUAUCCUGUUCAACAGAUCCAUGCGCAAGAGUUUGUUUGGCCCCACGAUCCAGGAAGAACGGGCCAUGAUUACUGAGAAGCUUCCCUUUGACCGAUUCCCGCCCCGCAAGUUGCUCCCUGCGCCGGAUAACGACAAGAAGAAAUUCAACAACAUUGCGACUCCGUCAAUGCGCCGUUUUGUUACUGACAGCGGCAAACUGGCCACUCUCGACAAGCUGUUGACCAAGCUCAAGGCCGAGGGUCAUCGUGUGCUGCUCUACUUCCAGAUGACACGCAUGAUCGAUCUCAUGGAGGAGUACCUUACGUACCGCAAUUACAAGUAUUGCCGUCUCGAUGGUUCGACCAAGCUCGAAGACAGAAGAGAUACUGUCGCCGACUUCCAGACUCGUCCCGAGAUCUUCAUCUUCCUUCUGUCGACCCGUGCUGGUGGUCUCGGUAUCAAUCUUACCUCUGCUGACACCGUCAUCUUCUACGACUCCGACUGGAACCCUACGAUCGAUUCGCAGGCCAUGGACAGAGCUCACAGACUGGGUCAGACUCGACAGGUUACCGUGUACCGUCUCAUCACUAAGGGAACGAUUGAGGAGCGUAUCCGGAAGCGUGCCAUGCAAAAGGAAGAGGUGCAGCGCGUCGUCAUCCAGGGAGGUGGUGCCAGUGUUGACUUCUCUGGUCGCCGCGCUCCCGAGAACCGCAACCGCGAUAUUGCCAUGUGGCUUGCCGACGAUGAGCAGGCGGAGAUGAUUGAGCAGCGUGAGAAGGAGAUGCUUCAGGCCGGCGAAUUCGACAAGCCCGAGAAGAAGAAGAAGACGACGAAGCGCAAGCGGGUGGUCAAUGAGGACGUCAGCCUGGACGAGAUGUACCACGAGGGCGAGGGCAACUUUGAUGACAACCGCAAUGGAGCCAACGGAACCUCGGGUACCGCCACGCCUGUAGCCGAGCCCGAAGUGAAGGGGACCAAGAAGCAACGCAGAGGCGGUGGCAAGAAGGCCAAGACACUGAAACAGAGACUUGCCCUUGCCGACGGACAAGUCUAG